AUCAACAUUACAAGUCUGUUUUGGAAAUAUUUCGUUUAACGCCAAACAAAUUUAAUAAAAGCCUUGACGAAAUAGUCACCUUUCUGUCACAGGUAUAAUAAUAAAAGAACGUAUUUAUUUAUUUUAAUAUUAUUGCAAAUUGGUUAAAAUUAAAAGUAAAAUAGUAAUUAUGGAUAAUUAUUUGGAACAUGUCGAUGGGAAGAUCAUAUGCCGCAAAAAAGUAAUAGCACAGCUAUAUUCUUUAAUUGGCUAUUUUGAUGAACCAAUUCCGCAUAGCAUAUUUAUUUAUGGUCAUGUAGCCACAGGAAAGUCCUUAAUAGUACAAAAUAUGCUUUCCUAUUUGAAGCACAACGUAGCUUUUAUUAAUUGCAUAGAGCAUGUAAACGCCAAGCACAUAUUUGACUAUAUACUAGCUGAUUUAUCAUCAAAUCUCGCUGAUUCGACAAAUCAUAAGUGCGACAGUUUUGCUGAUUUCAUAAUAAAUUUUAGGGAAAUUGCUGCAAGAGAUACUCGCCCAAUUGUAAUAGUCCUCGAUAAAUGUGAUAAACUGAGAAACUUUGCUAUUAGUUUGUUACCGGCGUUUUCAAAGCUCAGGGAAUUGUCAGGCGUUAAUGUAUGCGUAAUAUUUAUAAGCGAUAUAGUGUGGGAAAAGUUUCGCGUUAAAAUAGGUGUUUACGAACCAAUCAAGAUUCAUUUUCCUCAAUACACACGAAACGAGUUUACUGAAAUUUUGCUUAAAUACAUGCCACCCGGUUACGAGGAUACGUUUUACAGAAAUUAUCUGAAUUUAUAUCUCUCUGUAUUCUUCCGAUUCUGUCGAGACCUCAACGAGCUUCGUUACAUGGCUAAAGUAAACUUCUCAAAGUACAUAGAACCGGUCGAAGCUAAUCAGUCUAAUAGUGAUAACACUCCGUUAUUGUGGAGACACAUUUCACCCAUCUUUAAAGAGAACUUAGAAGUUAUUUACCUGCGAAUUAGCUCUGAUAAUUUUACAAAACAAGAUCAAUUAUCGAAAGAGAUUGAAUCGACAACCAGGCUGGCAUUAAGUUUCGAAUUACCAUAUUACGCGAAGUACAUGCUGAUCGCAUCGUACCUCGCCUCGUACAUUUCUGCAAAGGAAGAUAAAUAUCUGUUCAUGAAACAAAAAUUGAAGAGGAGGAAAACAGCUCCUGGUAAGAGAAAGACGUUGAUGAACGUUCAUUGCGGUCCUUAUAACUUCCCAGUAUCUCGGAUGAUUGCUAUAUUUUGCGCGAUUCUCGCUGAGAAGGUCGACAUCAAUGCUAAUUUACUCGCCCAAAUUCCAUCGAUGUGCCAACUUGGUCUACUAUCGGUCGUGGGGAAUUACAAUUUAAACGAACCCAAAUUCAAGUGUUGCGUAUCGUACGAUUUCAUCCUCGUGAUAGCCAAAACCGUCGGGUUUAAUAUACGAAAUUAUUUGUCUGAUCUUAUGUCUUAAUUUUGUACUUAUUUAUGAAUUUUUGUUAAGGAAAAUAAAAUACUUUGUGAACACGUA